AUGGUUACUUGUAAAACACACGAUAGCUGCAAGAUGGGGAACGCCUUUUUUUCUCUCUCGUCAAACUUUCCCCUUCUUCUUCUUCUUCUUCUUCUUCUUCUUCUUCUUCUUCUUCUUCUUCUUUAUCGAUCUCCUUCAAGAAUCUAUGGUGCCAGUCGUCUCCGCAGACAGCCCGGUGCCAAGCGCUGGCCCCACUUGGGACCAACAAUGAUUGGGUCAUUAACAUUCGGAAGGCGGCAGAUCGAUAUUUCCAGACUGUACCGACGAAGCAGUGGGCACGGUGCAAUACGUAAUUACCCUGGUUCGAUCGCCUGUAUUAAUGCGCAUGCCAUCUCUCUCUCUCUCUUUCUCUCUCUCUCUCUCUCUAUCUAUCUAUCUAUCUAUGUUCAUAUCUAUCUCAGUAUGGUCGCAUCUAUCUAUCUAUCUAUCUAUCUAUCUCAGUUGUCCACAUCUAUCUAUCUAUCUAUCUAUCUCAGUCGUUCACAUCUAUCUAUCUAUCUAUCUAUCUAUCUAUCUAUCUCAGUUGUCCACAUCUAUCUAUCUAUCUAUCUAUCUAUCUAUCUAUCUAUCUAUCUAUCUAUCUAUCCCAGUCUGUUUCUAUCUCAGUUGUCCACAUCUAUCUAUCUAUCUAUCUAUCUAUCUAUCUAUCUAUCUAUCUAUCUAUCUAUCCCAGUCUGUUUCUAUCUCAGUUGUCCACAUCUAUCUAUCUAUCUAUCUAUCUAUCUAUCUAUCUAUCUCAGUUGUCCAUAUCUAUCUAUCUAUCUAUCUAUCUAUCUAUCUAUCUAUCUCAGUUGUCCAUAUCUAUCUAUCUAUCUAUCUAUGUGA